AUGCUGACAAAGCCAGUAGAUGGAGUGAAUCACUCUGCAGUGUCAGAGUUUGUCUUCCUGGGACUCACCGAUUCCUGGGAGAUCCAACUUCUCCUUUUCGUGUUCUCCUCCACACUUUAUGUGGCAAGCAUGAUGGGAAACUCCCUCAUUAUGCUCACUGUGACUUCUGAUCCUCACUUACACUCCCCCAUGUACUUUCUGUUGGCCAACCUCUCCUUCAUAGACCUGGGAAUUUCUUCUGCCACUUCUCCCAAGAUGAUUUAUGACUUUUUCAAAAAGCAUAAAGUCAUCUCUUUUAGUGGCUGUAUCACACAAAUCUUCUUCAUUCAUGUCAUUGGUGGUGUGGAGAUGGUGCUACUCAUAGCCAUGGCCUUUGACAGAUACAUUGCCAUAUGUAAGCCUCUUCACUACCUGAGCAUCAUGAGCCCAAGGAUGUGCAUCUUCUUUUUAGUAGCUGCCUGGAUGACUGGCCUCAUUCACUCCAUGGUUCAGCUGGCUUUUGUGGUAAACUUGCCCUUCUGUGGUCCUAAUGUGUUAGAUAGCUUUUACUGUGACCUUCCUCGAUUAAUCAAACUUGCCUGCAGAAACACCUACCAACUAGAGUUCAUGGUCACAGCCAACAGUGGUUUCAUGUCUGUUGGCGUCUUCUUUAUACUGAUCAUUUCCUAUAUCAUCAUCAUUCUCACUGUUCAGAAACACUUUUCAGUGGGUUCAUCCAAGGCUCUGUCCACACUGUCAGCCCACAUCACUGUGGUCGUCCUGUUCUUUGGUCCUUUGAUAUUUUUCUAUACAUGGUCAUCUCCCUCCACACACUUGGAUAAGUUUUUGGCCAUCUUUGAUGCAGUUCUCACUCCUUUCUUAAAUCCUAUCAUUUACACAUUCAGGAACAAAGAAAUGAAGGUGGCAAUGAGGAGAGUAUGCAGACAGCUAGUGAAAGAUCUCUUAAGCGAACCUGUAUUUUGA